UAACGGCACGGCUGGGCUUUAAAGUAGCACAUGUAUCUUAAUAGGACGCCGGAGAGGAGAAGAAAGAUCCGAUUGCAGGUUCACUCUCACCAAACGCUAAGGAAAGAGUAAUACUGUGCAUACGAGAAACAACGCUUUGAAUUCCACCAGCUGCGAUGAACCAACCCGAUCUCCAGAACGAAUCCAAAACCAGCAUUUUUCGAACCUUAUGGUGUAAACCCAACAAAGUCGCCACUUUAGACCUCGUCCACCUCUUUGGUGACUGUAUCCAAGCGGCUUCAUCCAGGACUAAGGACUAUUUGCUCUUCAAGGACCCAGAAAGCAAGUUCCACCCGAGUCCUUCAACACUCAGCGAGAUCUUUCUGAUGACGUACAUCCAACGCAGCAGCCAGUUAAAUCUCACUAACAUCUUCAACUGCACGGCCAUGACACCGGAACAGAGGAUCUUACUGGGAGCCUAUUGGGUUUGGGCUGUGCUCGAUCAUCCAAGCAAGAACCCCAGAAUUCAGAUCGCAGUUCAGGUUUUUCAUCUGCAGGAGAGAGAGGAGGAGAACUUGGAGGAACUGUCCUUAGAUGUCUACAGCGAGAUCAUGCACAUGGCCGGGAUGGAAGUGGUAAAUGGGACCCAAGCCGAGAGGAUGGUGGGAUUCUGUUCUUCCAUUGGUCGAGAUUGUUACGCUCUGUUCCUCUUUUUUGGACGGAAAAAUGAUGAAGGGAAUAUUUAUGGGUUGUUAAGUAACAACCUGCAAGCCGCUGUUGGGAAGUGUGUACGAAUCGACCAAACUUUUAUUGAGCACUUUUUUAAAGGGGCUAAGUGCUUUGUGACUCCUAGUGGGAUGUUGCAAGCGUUGGUUGGUAAAGAAGGCGAUGAUCCUCUCACCAUGCUUGUUAAAUUUACCUAACAAGUUGCUUUUGAGUUUAAUACCAUUUUGUUGGGUUAUUCUGAUGGGCAGCUCAUCUCUUGGAUACGUUUCUAAGCAAUACUAAACUGUUGACUUGAUGUCAUUAAAAAGUGCUUAUAAUAUGCAGAAAUAAAUAACAUUUUUGCUUUG